AUGCGCUUCUCCCUGCUCUCGACGUUUGCAGCCCUCAGUUCGGUGGCGGUCCUGAUCGCGUCAGCCACGGAACUCAGCAUCGCCAACGCUCCCCUGUGGUUGCUGGGCCAAGUUGGUACUGUCGAGGCGAGCGUUGCUGCUGCGAUGAAGGUUGAUCUGGCGAGUCUGGAUCUGACGUUUGGCGCGGCGCUCAAGGAGUAUUCGUGA